CUCAUUAAGAGAAGUUCUUUAAAGAAGCCUGCCUUAUCUGCUGGCCUUAUUCCAAGGGAGGAGUCAGUCUCCAGCAUUAGAUUACUUUUCUCGUUGGUCAUCAUUAACAUGGAGAGUGCCUUUGAUCCUAUUCCACAGCAGCCAGUUUCUACCCCUGUGGUCAAAAUGCGCCCCAGGUGAACUGGUUACGAUUCUUUUGUCAGCCACCUGGCAUCUAGCACCCAGGUUCUAACCAUCUCUCUAUCCUAGUAGGGGCAUCCUCCACUCUCUCUUCUGCUGUGUUUGCCGAGAUGAUGGGGAGCCCCUGGUGGAGGAAAAUGGUGCCAUCCCUAAGCAUACCCCAGUCCAGUACCUGCUUCCCGAGGUCAAGCCCCAGGACUCAGACAAGAUCUGCGUUGUCAUCGACCUGGACGAGACCCUGGUUGCACAGCUCCUUCAAGCCAGUAAACAACACUGACUUCAUCAUCCCAGUGGAGAUUGAUGGAGUGGUUCACCAGGUCUAUGUACUGAAACGGCCCCACGUAGAUGAGUUCCUACAGCGAAUGGGCGAGCUCUUUGAGAGUGUGUUGUUCACUGCCAGUCUUGCCAGGUACGCAAACCCUGUAGCUGAUCUGCUGGACAAGUGGGGAGCCUUCCGUGCCAAGCUGUUUCGAGAGUCCUGUGUCUUCCAUCGGGGAAACUACGUAAAGGACCUGAGCAGGCUGGGCCGAGACCUGCGGCGGGUGCUAAUCUUAGACAACUCACCCGCCUCAUACGUCUUCCAUCCAGACAAUGCCGUUCCAGUGGCCUCGUGGGUUGACAACAUGAGUGACACUGAGUUACACGAUCUCUUACCCUUCUUUGAGCAACUCAUCUGCGUGGACAACGUGUACUCAGUGCUCAGACAGCCUAGGCCCAAGAGCUAGUGAGGUGUCUUGGGGCCAGGACCUGCCCCUCGGCAAGGCCCACCACGCCUCUUGCCAGCAGACUGUGCUGUUAACAACCCGAGGGCUAUGUCAUGUUCAUGGCCCUGGGGAAGAAGUGUCUCCCCUGUCAUGUUACAUGGAGGACAGUGAGCCCUUGGGUCCCUAUGUCAGUGCCUUCAAAUUUCUUCCCCUCUUCUCAGGGGACCUGGGGGGCCUGGCCUGCUGCUCCCCACUCCUGUCUUCUCUUCUCCACACUGCCAGGUUUCUCUGCUGCCAAAUUGGGCCUCUUAGCCCCAGUUCUGCUUUGGGGGGGGGGGAUAGGGUUUUUGCUGCCCCUUCCCUGUCUGGGAACAGU